UAUACCUCCCAUACCCAAAAGGAAAAAAGAAAAAAAAAAACAGAAAUUAUAUUAGAUCAGAAAAAAACCUCCCUCUUGUAACCUCCACCUUCCUUCCCCGAUCGAUGAUGGCCACGACGUUGAUGGAGUUUUUUCCGAUCUAUCGCUAAAACUAAAUCAAUGAGAACUGUCAUUGCCAAACACAGGCGUCGUCGAUCUGGGUAAAAAUUGGAAGGAGCAUUUUAUCAAACAAUGGAGGUGCAGAGAAUGGAGGAGUUGUUGUUUUUAUGGUCAAGAUUGCAAAGUAACCGUGUUGCCCUUGUGGGUGGAAAUCACACCGCUUCCAGGUUUUGCACACGCUAAUCUCGUUUCCGAUCACAGUCACUACCCUCUCCUCUUUCUUGCUCUUCUUGCUUUGUAUGCAAUCUUUUUUAAUUGCUCAUCCCUUCUUCUUCGAUCUCCCUCCAACUCUCCAAAAUUUCAAAUCCUUUGUUCUUCGCUUACAUAUAACUGUUCAACAUCGCUCUUUCUUUUCUUCUUUCUUGAAAAACUCAUUUCAUCUGAUUGACAUGGGGUGGUACAAAGCCAUGGAUUUUGUACAUGAUUUUCAAAUGAGAUAUCACGAGAAGAUCAAGAAACUGAAUAUGGGUGGCCUUGCCCUUGCCCUUGGCUUGAACUCGGAGACGAAUUUCGUGAUAAUUAGGCUCCCUCAUUCAUGGGUGUUGAAAUUGGUAUCUAGGGCUGUACUGUUCGUGUUAGCUUUGGUUAUUGUUUCUUUCUUCUGCCUCAAUUCGAUAAUCGGAGGUUUUACAGCUAAUUUCCAUGGAGCCAAUUCUAAUUCUGAUCUUGCAGUUGAUACGAUGAACACAGAGCUGUUGCCUUUAUUUUUCCGUGAUUUGGCCAACGAAGGCCUUCUGAAAACGGGUGAUCGAGCUGUUUUCCUCAGCAACGGCAACGAGGAAGCCAUUGAUGAUUCUCAAUUUCUGAGAGAUAAUGAGAUGGAUUUGAUAUCGUAUUCGGAUUCAGAGCGACAAAGCUUGAUCCCUGAUGAGACUUUUGACUUUGCUUUAACCCAUGGCUUCCAUGGGGACUCGAAAUUCAUCGACCGGGCUCUCAAGGUUGGUGGCAUCGCUGCGAUCCAACUCAGUGACAACCCUAUGGUGGCAUUUCAGAAGCCUUCCAACUACAAAAUUGUCUAUCUCCGAAAAUUCGAUUCAACCCUUGUGGCCAUGCGGAAAACAAGCAAUGGUGACACAAAUUCACCAACACAACGGAAACUCUGUGGUCUUGCAUCGGAAGCAAAGAAGGCAGCUCUGAAGAAGCUCGAGGACGUUCUCCUCGAACCACCAAGAGCAGCAUCAGGGAGAUCAAACACAUACCUCAAGAAAACCAGGUACCUACCGGACCUAAUGGGCGACUCUCUCGAAAGCUACCCACGACGAGUCUUCAUCAACGUUGGCUUGCCAGACAAAAACGAUUGGUUCGCAAAGCAUUACCCAACUAGAAAUAAGGAUUUUGAGAUAUACAAGAUUGAAACUGUGACAGAGGAAUCAUCCGGGAGGGAGGUACCACAGAUUGGGAUGUCGGAUUGGCUGGGGAAGACCGUGAAAGAAAAUGAGUACGUCGUGAUGAAGGCAGAGGCUGAAGUGGUGGAGGAGAUGAUGAAGAGCAAAUCUAUAAGACUGGUGGACGAGCUGUUCUUGGAGUGUAAGCAUCAAGGUAUAAAGAAGGGUGGCAGAAGAAACAGGAGAGCAUAUUGGGAGUGCUUAGCUCUUUAUGGGAGGUUGAGGGAUGAGGGUGUUGCUGUGCACCAGUGGUGGGGUUAGAACAGAAAGUAGUUCACAGAGAGAGAGAGAGAGAGAAGGGCAGAGAGAGGUGA